AUGGGUCUCGGGACAAAGAUCAAGGAUGCACUGGCCGGCGAGCCUCACGAAUCAACAUACGAGGAGAGCAAGCCUCCCGGAGCAUUCCCCGAGGAUGGUUCCGGCAGACAUACAGAUGGCCGACAGGUUGUACCGCCGCAUGGAAGUGCCGUCCCUGGCACAGGCAAGACAGGGACUACCGGCAUGACAGGCCCUACCUCGAACUAUGAUGAGCAGAGAUAUGAGUCCGGUGCCGGCACUGGUGCUCACGGCCAUCACGGCCGGGGAGCAGCUGGUGCUACAUCAACAGGAGCUUCUCUCCCAGAAUCAGAGUCUCGUCAACACAGGCUACACAAGACGGAUGACCCUCGAGCGUUUGAAGAUUCUAGAGAGUAUAGCCGCGCCAACGAUAAUUACAUGGAUCCGCCUCACGAGAAGGCAGCGUAUGAGCCUGGUCACACCCAUCGUGAUUCCGGCGUCGACCUCAAUCGAGCAUCCAACAAGGACCACCCUUAUUGGGGUGAUGUCGAGAAUGGCCAACGUCGUCAUCAUGGUGCCACAGAAGGCAUUGCCGCUGGAGCUGGCGCAGCCGGUGCAGGAUAUGGUGCCAGCAGUUUAGGAGGAAGAAAUUUACCUGAACGCACGCGUCACGGACACAACUCACAUGGACAUGGGCUCGGGUCGAAGAAUGAUGAACUUCAUCCCAGCGGUGAAGCUGUUGGUGGUGGUGUCUAUAACACAGUGACUGGUGCUGGUAGCCCUGAGCAAGCAGGACAGCACACCGGGCAUCACGGACAGUCUGGCCACCCGGGCCCUGAAUCCCGAACCUCUGGAACAACUGGUGGAAUUGGAGGGCCUACGUCCGGAUACUCAGACACGCGAUAUGACCCAAAGAACGGAACCCGCGACUCGAUCCCAACUUCUCGGGAUGAUCGGACUGCCCCUGGUGUUGUCGGUGCCGGUGCUGGCGUUGGUGCCGGACUUGCAGCCUCCGAACUGUCUCGACGACAUCAUGAGAAAGACUUGGCUGAAUAUGACACACCGCCAAAUCAUCACGGCCGUGACAAGCACGAGCCUGGCAUGCCCCAUAGCAGUAUGCUUGACCCAUACACUGCCAAGGACUAUUCUAGAACUGCACCCAAUGAGACUACCGGCCUCGGGAGUAGUACCCGAAUCCUCAAGAUUCGAAAACGCACCGGGGUCUGGCAUGGGCCCAACUAG